AUGGCCUCUUCGAAUCUGUUCAAGCCCCUGUCCAUAGGAAACAUCACCGUCAAGCACCGUCUCGCACUCGCGCCCCUCACCCGUUUCCGCGUUUCCGAUGACCACGUCCCGCUGCCCAUCACGGUAGACUACUACAGACAACGCAGCCACGUCCCGGGAACUCUCCUCGUCACCGAGGCCACAAUCAUCUCUCCCCUCGACGGCGGCCAAGACAACGUCCCGGGCAUCUGGAACGAGGACCAGAUCAACGCCUGGCGCAAAGUCACAGACGCGGUCCACGAAAACGGGAGCUACAUCUUCGCCCAGCUCUGGUCCCUAGGCCGUGUCGCUGAACCCGACGUCGCCGCCAAGGAGGGCAUCUCGGUCGUGGGAGCGGACACCAUCCCCACCACCGCCGACUCCCCCAAACCGCACAGGCUGAGCCUUGCGCAGAUUCAGCAGAGGAAGGAGGCGUUUGUGGCGGCCGCCAAGAGCGCCAUUGCCGCCGGUUUCGACGGCAUCGAGCUCCACGGCGCAAAUGGGUACCUGAUCGACCAGUUUCUGCAGGACGUCUCCAACCAGCGCGACGACGAGUAUGGCGGCAGCGUCGAGAACCGAUCCCGCUUCGCCGUCGAGGUUGCCACGGCCGUCGCUGAGGCCAUCGGCCCGGAGAGGACGGCCGUGCGUCUCAGUCCCUGGAGCAAAUACGGCAGCAUGGGCAUGGCCGACCCCGUGCCCCAGUUCACCGACGUCAUCCAGAAGCUGGACCGGUUGAACCUUGCCUAUCUGCAUCUGGUCGAGUCUCGAGUUGCGGGCAACACCGAUGUCAAGGCCAAGAGCUCUGAGAGCCUGGAUUUCGCGUACGAGCUGUGGAACGGUCCGCUCCUGGUUGCCGGCGGGUUCCUGCCACAGACUGCCAAGAGCCUGGUGGAUGAGGAGCAUCGCGACAAGGACAUUGUCGUCGUGUUUGGCAGGCGUUUCCUCGCGACGCCUGAUUUGCCGUUCAGGGUCAAGAACGGGAUUCAGCUCAACGAGUACAACAGGGACACGUUUUACACUCCAAAGAGUCCCGUUGGCUACAUCGACUAUCCUUUUAGCCGGGAGUUUCUCGAUACCGAGGAAGGCCGGGCUGUCAAGGUUGCGUCUGGCUGA